AAUGCCACGUUUCAGUUAAUUUUGCGGCGGUGCAUGCAAAUUCAUACUCACUUUCCACCAAAAAGCACUAAAAACAGGGACAAAUUUCAUUAUUCAUACAGAAAAGUUUCUUGACCUAUGUUUAGUUUUGUAACUAUGUUUAAUAAUUCAUGAUUUUACCAUUCACUCAAGUCUGAGCGGUGGAAAUGCUUUUUGCAUUAAUGAUGAUGAUGGUCUGUUUCACUUCCUUGGCUGCCAAGAGAGUGUUUGCGCAACGUUAUGUGUGAGAGUAGCCGCGCACAUGUCGCAUUAUGUGAAUUCAGCUGAACAAAACAAGGCUGUCAGAGUCAACAGCCACACUAGCAACUCUUCGAAGCUUCGAGCCAAAUGCUAGCAUUAGCGUGCUACCAUCCACAUAAUGCCAGUGCUAACAUGCUCAUAUUUAGCAGGUAUAAUGUUGACUUAUUCAUAUUUACUGCAAUCAAACACAAAGCACAGCUGUGGCUAAUGGAAAUAUUAUUAGUGGAGACCUGGUGGAACUCGGGUUAGUUUAAAGGGACAUGUACUAAAUUUUAUCACACAGUUGUCUGACAUUUUUAGCUCACAUGACAGACUAUAGCCAGUUUGUUCAAAAUUCUGUGCCAAUUCCUUUAGAAAGUGUGGAGAUAAUUAAGAGGGCAAAAUUAAAGACAAUGGUGGGGCUUCAGGAACAGACGAGUAUUCACCACGUCACCAGAAUAGCUAAAAAAAGACGCUUUGCCAAUCAAUCAGACAUUAUUUAUAAACUACUUUUCAUACAAAUGGUAUAAGGCAAAAUGCUUUAUAGAACAAAAUGAAAAAGAUCAUUACCCCCUCACACUACUCUCAACUGAGAUGUACUGUCACAAAUAAAUUUCACAAAUGAAAAUGAACUAAAGGAAAGAUUUUUUUAAAGGUAGGUCUUCAGUUUGAUUUUAAAAUAUCAGCAUUUUCUGCUGCCUUCAAAUCUUCAGAGGAGGCCGUUCCAGAUGCCACAAUUGCAAGGAUGUCUCACUGUGGGUUUUUUGUAAAAGACUCUUUGCCAUCUUUUUUACUAUGAAUGUGGCUGAUCAGAUGUAUGCUUUGCAUGACAAGACUGAAUCUUUUCAUUUGAUGUCUCAAGAAAGGACCAGACAUCCACACAGUCUGAUCGGUCUGAAUACCUGAGAGUUACUCAGUCGUACAGCCACAAAGAGGCAAAGGAUAACAGAAGAAAAAAACUAUUCUGCUCAGUGCCAAAAUUACAUGUUUACCCAGUAAGGUGGUAUACCUAAAGCCAAGCCUGGGUUUCACAUUCCUCUGCACACUCAUGAGAAAUGAAACUACUCUUAUCACAUGUGCUGGCCACUGAAAUACCUGUAACUCCACCAGCUGUAGUGACAUACUGUACAUUAAAAGCAAAUUACAGAUUAAUACACUUGAUCUUUGUAUUGUAAACAAAACAUAAUUUGUAAUAUUGUCAUAAAUCCUAUUUUUAUAACAACCAUCAGUGAACCGGUGCAGACAUGGUAAAAGAUGGAAGAUUUGGAUGUGUGUGGUUUCUAACAAAUUUAAGGAAGUGAUUCUUGCUAAUUUUAUCCACAAAAGGCUAACUCUGCCACCUGUUACUUUCACCCUAUCACCUCAGAAGUGAAUAUCACGCUUCUUUCAGUACUCUGUCAAACUUCACAACAGAACUCUUGAUAGCAGGACCUCUUUUCAAUCUCUCACGUCCAUAAUGUUCAUCCACCAGGUGAGUACGAGUUAUAUUUGUUCAUAUACUGCACAAUAUUAUGUUUCAUAAGCAGUAAAAUGUAGUUUGGCUUUCAUCAGAGCUGGAAAAUGAUAGGUUUGCUUGUGUGGUACACUAGUUGCAUUACAAUGUAGAAUAUACUACGUAUGCUUUACUCAAAAUAUUGAUUUUAGUGAUGCUGAUUGUGAUGUGCAUUAUGUGUUGUAUUUGGGAUGUAAUAUAUUAUUACUUUUCUACUUGAACACGUUGCUCAUAAAGCUGCCUGUGUUUCUAUGCAGAUGUAUUUGGCACUGCUGGGCCUGAUGUCUUUUCUCCCUAAUUCAACAACUAGCGUCUCGUACCCAAAAACUCUGCCAUGUGAUGUUAUUGAUGACAACAACGGGACUGGGGUGAAGGUGGACUGCACCGAGAGAGGCCUCAAAUACAUCCCCUAUGGCAUCCCAAGAGACACCACCAACCUGACGCUCACCAUCAACCACAUUCCUUCAUUAAACUCCACCUCCUUCCACGGUCUGGAGAACCUGACUGAGAUUGACAUGAGGUGCAACUGUGUACCCAUCAAAAUCGGCCCCAAAGAUCGCGUGUGCAUCAAGAGCGUGACGAUUGAGGAAAAUACCUUCACCACGCUGAGGAAUCUGCAAGCACUGUAUCUAGAUGGCAAUCAGCUUGACAGCAUACCUAAAGGCUUGCCUUCCAACCUGAUCCUCCUGAGUUUGGAAGUGAAUCACAUUUAUAAUAUUUCUAAAGCAAACCUGUCCGAGAUCAGAAAUGUUGAGGUGCUUUACCUUGGACAAAACUGCUAUUAUCGUAACCCCUGUAAUAAUUCCUAUGGCAUAGAGAACGGUGCAUUUGCACAGUUUCACAAUUUAAAAUUGUUGUCUCUUAAGUCAAAUAACUUGUCCUUCAUUCCACAUCAACUACCCACAAGUUUAAGGGAGCUUUAUCUCUAUAACAAUAACAUCACAGAAGUCACUGAUGAGGAUUUCAAAAACUUAACCAACCUUGAGAUUCUAGAUAUCAGCGGAAAUUGUCCUCGAUGCUACAACGCCCCUUUCCCGUGCACCCCCUGCCCAAAUAAUGCACCACUUAAGAUCAGCAAAACAGCUUUUAAAAUGUUGACAAAACUAAAGACAUUACGCCUGCACAGUAACUCCCUGACAAGUGUGCCACAUGAAUGGUUUCACAGCACAACAGAGCUCAGGGUGCUUGAUCUCUCCUCAAAUUUUUUAGCAAGAGAGAUAGGAGUCACUGCCUUCCCAACAUCCCUGGGCAAACUAGAGGAGCUGGACCUUUCAUUUAACUAUGAGCUUCAGAGGUAUCCUAAAACACUGAGACUGAGUUUAGCUUUCUGCUAUCUCCAGUCUCUUAAAAUUCUCAGACUAAAGGGCUUUGUGUUUCAGCAGCUUGAACCAGAAAGCAUUGCUCCUUUAAAAUCUCUACCAAACCUGAAGGUUAUAGAUCUGGGUACAAACUUCAUUAAAAUUGCAAACCUUAGUAUUCUGAUGGAAUUAAAUAGCUUUGAAAUAAUCAGUCUGUCUGACAACAAAAUAUCUUCACCCUCCGAGGGCCAAGAAUCCUUUGGUUUCUCCGGAGGAGAGCCCUUUUACUGGUCUCCUAUGUCGGCCUCUGCUGAGUACCAAAAUCAGGAAGUGAGAGAGAUUCAUUACUUCAGGUAUGAUGAAUAUGCGCGCAGUUGCAAAUACAAAGAUAAGGAACUUGGAAUUAUUACAUCCUUUGUCAACAGGGACUGCAGUCAGUUUGGCAAAACCUUGGAUGUGAGCAGAAAUAAUAUAUUCUUCUUGCAUUCAAGAUUUUUGAAUCUUAAAGAGCUGAGAUGCCUCAAUCUGUCCGGAAACGCAAUGAGCCAAAGUCUGAAUGGCUCUGAAUUUACCCAUCUGAGUAAUUUACAGUAUCUGGAUUUCUCAUCGAAUAGGCUAGACCUGCUCUACUCCACCGCAUUUAAAGAGCUGACAAACCUAGUCAUUCUGGAUAUAAGUAACAACAACCAUUAUUUUGAAUCAGAAGGCUUGACUCACAUGCUUAAUUUCACUAAGAAUUUAAAAAAGCUCAAGACACUGCUGAUGAACCACAACAAGAUCUCUACCUCCACCAACACAGAGCUGGAGAGUGAAUCUCUAGAGAGGUUAGAGUUCAUAGAUAACCGGUUAGAUAUGCUGUGGAGAGAUGGAGACUCCAGAUUUGUCACUUAUUUCAAGAAAUUACUAAAUCUGGCUGUCCUCGACAUCUCCGAAAACAACCUCAAUUGUAUUUUACCUGAAGUGUUGACUGGUUUGCCAGACAAGCUCUCCGAGCUCUACAUUAAAAACAACAGAAUAAAUUCCUUUUCUUGGGAGGAGCUACGAUUUUUAAAGUAUUUAAAAGUCCUAGAUCUCAGUGGAAACAGCCUAACUACGGUUCCAUCUAUGCUGUCAAACUGUACAACAUCUCUCACGACACUCAUCUUACAAAAAAACCAUAUCCUAAAACUCACAUCAGAUUUCCUCAAGAAUGCCUAUAACUUAAAACAUCUGGAUCUUAGCUCUAAUUAUAUACAAUACAUUGAAAAAUCCAGCUUUCCUGACGAUGUUCUUAAUCAAAUGGACAUGUUACUUCUGCACAACAACCAGUUCUUGUGUACUUGCAAUGCUACUUGGUUUGUCAAAUGGCUCAACAGUACCACAGUAACCAUCCCUAGGCUGGGUACAGAUGUUAACUGUGCUGAUCCAGGGGCACAGAGAGGUCAGGCUGUGGUCUCAGUGGACUUGUUGGCCUGCCAGCACAACUACCUGUCAAUCAUUCUCUACAUCCUCAUGACUUCCCUCGUCCUCAGCUUCCUCACCCUGUCCAUCUCCAGCCAUCUCUUCCUGUGGGACGUCUGGUACAUCUACCACUUCUGCAGGGCCAAGCUCAAAGGCUAUGGCCGCCUGUAUUCCCAGAGCGCCGUCUAUGAUGCCUUUGUGAUCUACGACAAGGAGGAUCCUGAGGUUUCAGAGUGGGUGAUGAAGGAAAUGUGCGUGCAUCUGGAGGACCGCGGGGAACAUCGCCUGACGCUGUGUCUGGAAGAACGAGACUGGAUCCCUGGAUGUCCCCUGAUUGACAACCUCUCCCAGAGCAUCCACAAGAGCAAGAGGACCGUGUUUAUUCUCACCAAAAAGUACAUCAAAGGGGGAAACUUCAAGACAGCUUUUUACAUCGCCAACCAACGGUUAAUGGAUGAAAAAAACGACGUUAUUGUACUGAUUCUCUUGGAGAAGGUACCUUGCAAUUCAAAGUACCUGAGAUUACGGAAGAGGCUGUAUAAGCGCUCUGUGCUGGAGUGGCCCACAAAUCCUCAAGCUCAGCCAUACUUCUGGUUCAGCCUGAGAAGUGUUUUAGCAACUGAAAGUCACAAACAAUACAGCAAUCUCUUCAAAGAGACACUAUAAAUAGAACAAUUACUGGAAUG